AUGGGUCAUAUCGUAACCUCUGAAGGGUUGAAAGCAGAUCCAGAUAAAAUGGACGCUAUAGUCAACAUGCCCAAACCUACAGACGUAAAGGAUGUACGAAGAUUAUGUGGAUUUAUAAAUUAUCUGGCGAAGUUCAUGCCACAUUUAUCCGAUGUGAUGGAGCCACUGCGACAGCUUACACAUAAGGAAGCAGAAUGGAAAUGGAUGCAUGAGCACAACGCUGCCUUUGAAAAGAUCAAACGUAUGGUGGUUGCAACACCGGUACUGAAGUACUACAACCCUGACGAAGAGUUAACCAUCCAAUGUGAUGCCAGCGAUAAGGGAUUGGGAGCUGCCCUUCUACAGCAAGGACAGCCUGUUGCCUUCGCAAGCCGUGCCCUGACAGAUGCCGAAACAAGAUACGCUCAGAUUGAGAAAGAGAUGUUGUCGGUGGUGUUUGCUCUUCACAAAUUUGACCAAUACGCGUGUGGACGACGGGUAACAAUCGAGAAUGACCACAAGCCACUGGAAGCCAUAGCUCGGAAACCGCUUCACGAUGCACCCAAACGGAUUCAAGGUAUGUUGCUGAACAUACAGAAAUAUGACACCGUGAUUUCCUACAAACCUGGACCUCAGAUGUAUCUGGCAGAUACUUUGAGCAGAGCCUUCUUGACCAGCAGCGCCAACACACAAGGAGAAUUUGAAAGAAUCAACGCACUCAAAGCCAUUUCACUUUCCAAAGAGAGACAAGAACAGAUCAAAAGAGAUACAGAGCGCGAUGAUGUUCUCCAACGAUUAAAAGAAGUCAUACAGCGGGAGUGGCCUGAGCAGAAACAAGACCUACCAACCACGCUUCAUCCAUAUUAUACCUAUAGAGAUGAGCUUAGUGUGUACGAUGGUCUGGUCUUCAAGGGAGAGCGAUUGGUCAUUCCGAAAGGAACGCGACAGCAAAUGAAGCUUGAUGUACAUAGGUCACAUAUUGGAGUGAAUGGCUGCCUAAGGAGAGCACAGGAAUGUAUGUUUUGGCCUGGGAUGAGCGCAGAGAUAAAGGAGUUUAUAGGUCAGUGCGAGACAUGUCGAAGGUAUGAGACCAGACAACAGAAAAAAACGCUGAUGAGUCACGAGAUAACAGAGCGACCAUGGGAAAAAAUUGGCGCAGAUAUCUUUACCAUUGGUGACAACAACUACCUCGUGUUGGUAGAUUACUACUCAAAUUUCUGGGAAAUCAUUCGUCUCGAAGAAACCAAAGCCAGCACAUGUAUUAGAAAGAUAAAAGGUCAUUUUGCCAGGAAUGGAUUUCCGGAUAUCUUUGUCAGCGAUAAUGGUAGCCAGUUUGUCUCUGAGAGAUUUGGAAACUUUGCAAAAUUGUGGGGUUUCGAACAUUGUGUAAGCAGCCCCGGACACCAGCAAGCCAAUGGAAAGGCAGAAUCUGCUGUAAAAUCUGCAAUGAAGCUGAUACGUAAAGCGGUUGAAACUGGAAAAGAUCCGUACCUGGCGAUUUUGGCACAUAGAAAUACACCCACUGAAGAAAUGGAGUCCAGCCCAGAGACUACUCGGUAG